CAGGACUCUUGACAUGUGUCCAUGAACUAAAUUUAUAUACAAGACCUUUAUACAUUACCGUAGUAAGUUGAAAUUAUUAUUUAUGAAUCGUUCCAGUAGCAAAGAUAUUUUUUAUAAAAAAAAAUCAGUUUUACUUUUACCUUUACUUUUACCUUUACUUUUACUUUUCACUGUGAUCAUAUAUACCUGUUAGUUUGUAAAGUUUUUCAUCAGAUCUGUUUAUGAACUUUUUUUAAAGUCACGGCAUACAUUAUACAUUUUAUUAGUAAAACUGCUAGUUUCAGUAACAGUUUGAAGUGUGGUUAAGUACCAAAAAGUAAACUAAAACUUAAAUCAAAAACUAAAUUAAAAACUCAUAUAUCAUUUUCAUUUUCAUUUUCAUUUUCAUUUUCUUUUUCAUUUUCAUCGUCAUCGUCAUUUUCAUUCUAUCAUGUUAAAAAGGGGACAGAUUUAUCGAUACAUUGUGGUAGCAGUUGUUAUCAUCCUUUUAUAUAGUUUAAGUUUUAUCCUUCCCUCAGCUCCGGGAUUUCAAUCAUCUCAAGAUGUGACAAUUUCUCCUAAAUUACAAGACCUUAAUAGUCGAAUUGAAGAAAUGAAACAAAUAUCUAAGGCAGGUCCAACACCUCAACAUGAUCUUGACGAAUUAAAAAAAUUAGAAGCAGCUCAAGCAUUGGAAUUAAGAUUACAAAAAGAAGAAGCAAGCAAAGCUCAAUUAACUCCAUCAAAAGACAUUAAUCAAGAUAAAAGAGUAAAAGCAACAUUUGUUACUUUAGCUCGUAAUUCAGAAUUAAAAGAAUUAAUUAAAGCUAUAAGGCAAGUUGAAGAUCGUUUCAAUCAUAAGUUUAACUAUGAUUGGGUAUUUCUCAAUGAUGUCGAAUUUACUCAAGAAUUUAUUGAUCAUACCUCAGCUAUGACUAGUGGUAAUACUAAAUAUGGUCUUAUUCCUAAGGAACAUUGGUCUUAUCCUGAUUUUAUUGAUCUUGAUAAGGCUGCCAAAGCUCGUCAAAAAAUGAAAGAAGAAAAAAUCAUUUAUGGUGAUUCAGAAAGUUAUCGUCAUAUGUGCAGAUUCGAAUCAGGAUUCUUUUGGCAAAAUGAAUUAUUAGAUGAAUAUGAUUGGUACUGGCGUGUGGAACCAGGUAUUCAAAUUUAUUGUGAUAUUGACUACGAUGUAUUUAAAUUCAUGGAAGAUAAUAAUAAAGUUUAUGGAUUUACAAUCUCAAUUCAUGAAUUCUUAGCUACAAUUCCAACCCUUUGGGAACAUACCAAAAAGUUUAUCAAAGAAAAUCCACAAUAUAUUGCUGAAGAUAACUUUAUGGAUUUCAUAAGUAAUGAUGGUGGUGAAAGUUAUAAUUUAUGUCACUUUUGGUCUAAUUUUGAAAUUGCCAAUUUGAAUUUCUGGAGAUCUGAAGCUUACAGGAAAUACUUCGAAUACUUAGAUUCUACAGGUGGAUUCUUUUAUGAACGUUGGGGUGAUGCUCCAGUUCAUUCAAUCGCUGUAUCGUUAUUUUUACCAAAAGAGAAGAUUCAUUAUUUCCAUGAUGUUGGUUAUAAUCAUGGAGUUUAUCAUCAAUGUCCAUUAAAUACUCAAUUCAGAUACGAUCAUAAGUGUUUAUGUAAUCCAGAUAAUGAUUUCACAUUUAGAGGUUAUUCAUGUGGUAAGCAGUACUAUAAUGUGAUGGGAUUAGAGAAACCUAUCGAAUGGCUGAAAUACCAAUAGAUAACAUUUUAUUUGCAUACAAACAAACCUUUUACUUAUACAUCUACGUAUUCAUAUUCAUAAGCAUCUCAUAGAUAUACUCAUCUAGUGAACUAUCAUCAAAAGUUUACAAGUCACGUAUAAGUAAAAUUUAUAGACUGAUAUUUAAUACAUGUACAAUAUAAUAUUAUUUAUGUCACUGUUACAAAGUAGUCGCGAAAUAGUGAGAAGAGCACAUGACGUAAUUUUACUAAAAAAUUAGCGGAGAAUUUCAUUAGUAGCUUAUGGUGGGACGAUCAUCAAGAUAAGAACAGCGAAUAACUAAAACCACCAAAACUACUAGU